AUGGAUUUUGGUGUUAACCGUGAGUCACUGCGCAAACACGGGGGCCCGGGGGAGGGAGGAGGGGCUGGGGACUCCGUGACCGCUGCGUUCACGGUGCUGGCGGUGCAUUUGCGUCACGGCCCGGGCUUUUCGUUUGCUCUCGGUCGCUGGGCUCGGGCUGAUAACAGGGACGUGCGAAAAGAUGUGGACCCACGGGCUAAACAUCAUUAUGACACGCGAGAGGAGAGGGAUUCUAACGCAGUCUCGGCUCGUUUGCACCUCCUAUUGUGUGGGCAUUGGGCCAUCAUCAAUCACCGGGCAAUCAUCUGCGUGUUAGCUGAAUACAGGCCGAGCUGUCAUCAAAGGCCCCCGCGCGCCUUAUCACUGGCCGCUCCGCGCACCGACCACACUCACUCCACUCCGACCAAUAUGACAGGAAGAGCUCUGUGCCUCUGCCUGCUGCUCGCCCUCCAGCUCCGGACUGUAGUGCCGAUGGCUCUCCCACAUGGCAGGCGGGGGAUAGGGAGACGAGCCGGGGAGGGCACGACAAACAAGGGCAGAGACACGCUGGACGCGCUGCUGUAUCUGAAGGAUUUACCCCGGGGUCCCGCCGUGGCACCGCACAAAAAAGCGCCGCAGUUCAUGUUGGAUUUGUUUAACGCCGUGUCCCGUGAGGAUGGAAUCCCCAGGAGCCAGAACGAGAUUCUGGAUGGAAAUAUCGUUCGUAGUUUUGAGGAUAAAGGUCAUGCGGGUGAGAGGUUCCAUUUCUUCAAUCUCUCGUCUUUUAGCCAAGAUGAGAGGAUGAAUAAGGCUGAAUUCCGCUGGUUUAGAAAGAAGCAGAAGUUUUUUAUGGGAAAGGCAUAUGGACCUCAUUUCUAUAAGGUGGAUCUGUAUGAGGUGCUCGACAGCAGAGUGAAACCAUGGAGGGGAAACCUCAUCACCACCAGACUGGUGCCCCUCUACACUCAGGGCUGGGAAAUCUUCAAUGUUACUCAAGUGGUGUCCAAAUGGAUCCACAACAGUGAGGAGAACAACGGCAUCCUGAUGGUGACCACCUUCCCUUCUGGAGACUGGAUGGAUACAUCUGUGGUUCCCAGACACAACGCUGAAGGGGAUGAGACCAACGCAUAUCUGGUCAUAUUCUCUGAUGAGAGCACUGGCAAGGCCACCAACAAGUCAUACUUAGAUCAGGCUAAAGCUCACAGUCCAGUUUCAGAACAACAUGGCAACAGGCAUCGUCGAGCUGCUCCCGCCCACAUGUCCAACAGCCCCGCCCACACCUGCCAGCGUGUCCCUCUCUUCGUGGACUUCGAGGAGAUUGGCUGGUCGGGGUGGAUCAUCUCUCCCAGAGGGUACAACGCCUACCACUGCAGAGGUUCAUGUCCCUUUCCACUAGGGGGCAGCCUUCGGGCCACAAACCAUGCCACAGUGAGAUCCAUCAUGCAUGCCUUGAAGCUGUCCAAUGAUGAAGUGGGCGCCCCCUGCUGUGUACCGGACAAGUUGCAGUCCAUCAGUUUGCUGUACUUUGAUGACGAGGAGAAUGUGGUGUUAAAGCAGUAUGACGACAUGGUGGCCCUGAGCUGUGGCUGUCACUGA